AUGCCUCACAGCGUUGAUACCAUUAACCCAAGACGAUAUGGGUCAUCGGCAACAGCUUGCAGAUUUCCGGUUCUUUUGGAUGAUAGUGAAAUACCCCAUAGCUUCGAACUGGCAGAAACACCCAUUGAACUGCCCUCUUACCAGGAGAUCAUAGGGUUUUGUGAAAGGGGGAACGUGUCCCUCAAAGCAAUACUUCAGGCAGCCUGGGCCGUGGUCUUGAAAACGUUCACCGGUAGCGGAUAUGUAUGUGCAGCAGCGAUAUCGGACACCAGCUCAGGUAUAUUUUCGAUCUCUAUAGAUGAGAAUACAAAAUCCGACGACUUGCUCAAAUCUAUGCCAAUGGAAGCUAUGAGUACUGCGCUUGGUAAUAUAGAUUCUCUCGAAGCCGAUGUACCAUGUAAUUCUGCGGUUUGGAUAUUCAAUGAGACGAAAAAUGCACAGUGGGAGCCAAAAUUCGACGUCUGGCUCCAUGUGGAUUCGGGGAAGCCCUCACCUAGAGCUGCUUUGUUCUACAGAACUAGCCACUUAAAUCAAGGAUAUGCAGAGAUUGUCUCAGCUACAGUUGGCCAAAUUGUGAUGGAAAUAUUAGCCAACCCUUUUAGUGAGGUAUCACAAAUUAACCUCGUUCAUCCCCGGUUGCGGAACCAGUUACAAGCAUGGAGUAGCAACUCGCCCAAAUCGAUUGACAGAUGUGUGGGCGCCCUUUUCGAAGAGGCUGUCUCUAAGUAUCCACUUAGGCAAGCGAUACAGACCUCGGAGCGCAGUGUAAGCUACGAGGAGUUAAAUGCUUUGAGCGCAGGGAUCGCUCUGCAUCUGCAGAGCUUAGGCGUGGUACCAGAAUCAAUCGUCGUUCUUUGCUUUCCCAAAUCGGUAUACGCUGUGAUAGCAAUGUUAGCCGUCGUUCGAGCGGGCGGCACCAUCCUAUUCCUUGACCCGUCACACCCGGAAACUAGACACAAAGAUAUAGUUGGCCAGGCUAAUUCACAGUUGAUCCUAACUGCUCAAGAGUAUUCUGGAAAAUGGGGUUGGUUUGGCGGCAGGGUGCUACCAGUUGAUCCCACACUCGUGGACACACUCAAAGUAGACCAGAAAACAUUUACUCGACAGUCCAUCACAACAGUUACCCCUUCAAAUGCAUUAUACAUCAUUUUUACUUCGGGGAGUACUGGGAAGCCCAAAGGUUGCGUGGUUGAACAUCGCCAAUUCCUAACGGGGGCUAUAGCACAACAGAAGGCGUCGGAGAUGAACCAUGGCGACAAGGUGCUCCAACUGGCUUCCUUUACCUUUGACGUAAGCGUCUUGGAGAUCCUUACAUCGCUUAUCACAGGUGCCUGCGUGUGCAUUCCUAAUGACGAAGAGAGGUCCAAGGGUCCGGAGAGAUGUAUACAGCAGUUUGGUAUCACAUGGACAUUCCUGACUCCAUCUCUCGUGAAACUAAUGAGUCCAAAAAUGGUGCCAUCGCUCAAAUUCCUUGUACUUGGUGGUGAGGCAGUUCAGCCCGAAAAUAUCCAAACUUGGGCGCCACAUGUUCGGCUUGCGAACGGGUAUGGCCCUACAGAGUGUUCUAUUGCUGCCACCGCAAACCCAAGGUUAUCCUCUACCUCCAGCCACACUAAUAUUGGGUAUCCCUUGGGUGGUUGCUGCUGGAUUGUUGAUAAGGAUGAUCACGAGAAGCUUCUCCCAAUUGGCGCGCCUGGCGAGCUUCUAAUACAAGGUCCAAUCGUGGCACGCGGGUACUUAAACGAGAAAAGGAAGACUGAAGCAGUGUUUCUAAACUCAACAAGUUGGGCUGCAGUCGAACCCUCUAGCUCCAGUCGGAUUUAUAAAACUGGGGACUUAGCUCGAUUCAACUUUGAUGGCAGCAUUUCUUUCAGUGGCCGUAAAGAUAACCAGGUGAAGUUACGAGGCCUUAGAAUCGAACUAGGUGAGAUUGAGCAUCAUCUAAUGUCCCACGAAUUGGCUGGACAGGUGGUUGUAGUGCUCCCAACAGAAGGCCCAUGUCAGGGCUCGCUAACCGCAGUCAUAUCAUUAAAGAACUUCAAACAAAUGUCCACGGACGUCGAACUGAUAGAUGACCUUGAACUAUCAGCCGCGAAAGCAGAAUUGGAAGGUAUUGCGAGCAGCCUACGGGAGCGACUGCCAGGUUACAUGCAUCCAACUAUCUGGAUUCCAGUGAAGUCUAUUCCUUUAACGAGUUCUGGGAAACUGGAUGGAGUUGCAGUCCGUCAGUGGGUAUCUGCCAUAUCAACAGACAUCUUCAAUCGCGCGACAGACAAAUAUGAAGGCUCCGAAAUUUGUAGAACUCUGCCAUCGAACAAUCAGGAAAGACAGCUACAAGAGGUCUGUAGCAAAAUUAUCGGUUUAGACCAGCCAGAGGAUGUCUGGUUAGAGAGAUCCUUUAUCCAAAAUGGAGGCGACUCUAUCCAAGCCAUGCAAUUGCUGAGUACAUUGCGCGAUAACGGUCUUGUCGUGAAGCUAGAGGAUAUCAUACAACUCCCGACGAUAUUAGACCUGGCUCAAAAAAUCGAAAAUAGCGAGGCUGGCUGCAUUGAUAGUGCUCAGCUAACCCCUGAACUUCCAGAUUGUACAGUUAAUGAGGAGAGGGUUGUGCAAUUGGGACUCGAAAUGGGUCAGGUGGAGGAUAUCUAUCCGUUGUCGCCCGUCCAGCGCGGAAUACUUCUCGCUCAACAGCACUACCCUGACAAAUAUCAGUUUCGACUUACUUGUGAGGUCGUACCGUUGCCAGCAUCAUCGUCCUCGUCACAAAGUCCUGAAGUUGAUAUCGACAACAUUGGUAGGGCUGAGGUUGAGAGACACUGGACAGAUUGUGGCACGUGCGCAAACGUGAGCUUAUUAAUCAGAGCUUGGCGCCAAGUCGUUCAACUUCAUCCCGUCUUGCGCACCAUCUUCAUCGACACAGAAACAGAGACAGAAGACGGGUUAUUUGAUCAACUUGUACUGAAAACAGGGGAUGGGCUAGCUGAUAUAUGGCAAUUUGAGGAUGAAAAUGAGUUUUGGUGGAACCUUGAUGAAUAUAAACGCACCGAUGGCCCCCUCCAGCCACCAGUCGCUUUCAUCGUUUCAUCUGUCAAGGCAGAAAGAAGGAUCUUCUGCACCAUUGAUAUCAGCCAUGCCUUGAUUGAUGGUAUAUCAAGUCUAGUUUUAUUGAGGGAUAUAUGUCAAGCAUACGGCGGUUUACUUGACAGUACCAAGACAGUGAAAUACUCGCCGUUUAUUCGCUACCUCCAGCAACUCCCACGGGGCGCGUCGCUCUCAUACUGGACGGAGCAUCUGCUUGAUGUGGUGCCAUGUUACUUCCCAACCCUUAACGAUGAUUUCAGCGGGGGGGAAAAUCAGCCCCGUGAAAUAGUAACUAACAUCAAGAAUACGGAUGCGCUCCACAGGUUCUGUGCGGCUCAUAAUUUUACACCUGCAACUGUCUUUCAAGCAGCAUGGGCACUUACUCUAAGGGCUUAUACCCGGCGUGACGAUGUAUGCUUUGGAUACUUAACAUCUGGCCGCGAUCUCCCAGUGCCAAAUAUCCAUAACGCAGUAGGCGUAUUUGUGAAUAUGAUGAUUUAUCGAGCAUCUUUGUCACCGGACAAAGUAGUGUCUACCGUUUUAACAGAAGUUCAACAUAAUUUUCUCAGAGGGCUACCACAUCAGCACUGCUCGAUUGCUGAGAUACAGCAUGCUCUUGGUAUUUCACAGUCAUUGUUUAACACUAUCUUGUCGCUGCAGAGUGCUCAAGAUGAGACAAUAGCCACUGAUGGCUCUGACCGGGGAAUCGCUCUUAGUGUGGUCUCUGAAAAGGAUCCCACAGAGGUAUAUAUAUGGCUCUUUCCACUCUGUUUUGCGCAUCUUGCUAACCCAAGUGUACAGUAUAAUAUCUCUGUCAACGUCUUUGUAUCCAGGAAAAGGAUAUCCCUGACAUUGCGCCAUUUUGAUGAGACCAUAAGCAGCGCAAUGGCUGAAAAUGUUAUGGGAACAUUGCAACAUAUUAUUCACUUGAUUGCUAAUAAUUAUCAUCAACCAAUAGGAGAACUGGAUAUGAUGUCUGCUCGUGAUAACAUCCAAAUUGGACACUGGAAUCAGGAUCAGUGGCCAAUGGUAAAUGAUUGUAUUCAUGAACUAAUCCAUAGGCGGGCUGUGAUACAGCCGGAUGAGAUUGCAGUGGAAGCGUGGGAUGGACACUUGACCUACAAGGAACUUGAUGGUAUUUCAUCAAAAUUGGCCCUACACCUUGCAAGCCAUGCUAUCGGACCGAAUACCCUCGUGCCCAUAUGCUUCCCGAAAUCAUGCUGGAUGGUUGUAUCACAGCUCGCGAUCCUCAAAGCAGGUGGAGCAUGUGUCGCAUUUGAUCCAGAACAUCCACCAAAUCGUAGGGAGGAAAUGCUCCGCCAAUGCAAGGCGCCUGUUGCUCUAGUUUCCCAAGAAAAUAUACCACUUUUUGAGAUGUUUGUGUCAACCGUUAUCAGCAUUGGCCCAUCGUUUCUGGACACUUUGCGAGAUGAUCCACCGACCAUAACAGCUUCCUUAGCCAUAUCACCAGAGAACCCCGCUUUUGUUGUUUUCACUUCAGGGAGCACUGGUAAACCCAAAGGAAUUGUUGUUGAGCACCGUGCACUCUGCAGCAGCAUCCAAGCCUACGGCUCUGUUAUGAAGUAUGCUCCUGGUGCACGUGUUUUGCAGUUCGCAGCAUAUACAUUCGAUGUCAGCAUUGGCGAAACUUUCGGCUGCCUGGUACGGGGCGGGACACUAUGCAUCCCAAGUAACGACGAAAGACUCAAUGACCUCGCGGGAGUCAUCAAUCGUUUUAAAAUUAAUGCGUUAUAUCUUACUCCGUCUGUGGCUAGCAUACUGCAGCCGUCUGAUAUUCCCGGAGUCCAUACUCUGGGACUUGGUGGUGAGGCUGUUCGAAAGGAGAAUAUCGACUUAUGGGCCGAGCAUAUCAAUCUUGUGAAUAUAUAUGGCCCUGCAGAGUGUUCGGUUUGGUGUACAGCACUGUCGCCUGUAUUACCCUCCGUCUCUCCUCUCAAUAUAGGAUAUGGCCUAGGUGCUCGAACGUGGAUUACAGAAAUAGAUAACCCAUCCAAGCUCUGCGUCAUUGGCACAGUGGGUGAGCUUCUCAUAGAAGGACCAGUCGUUGCUCGAGGCUAUCUCAACGACGAAAUCAAAACAAACGCAGUAUUUAUACAACCGCCUGCGUGGCUAAUGAAGCAUGAUCCCUCCGUGGCAGAGCAUCCUAGAAAGGUAUACCGAACAGGGGACUUGGCUCGAUAUAACUCGGACGGCUCUGUUCAUUUCAUGGGCCGCCGUGAUCAUCAGGUGAAACUAAAUGGCCAACGAAUUGAACUUGGUGAAAUUGACAACGCUUUGUUACUCCACGCCGAUAUUCAAAAUGCUGUUACUCUAGUGCCAAAAGCAGGACCAUUCAAAGGAAAACUGGUAGCUCUAGUCUUACUAGAGAACCAAACCUUUUGUUCUGUGGCAAAGGGAGACGCAGGACUCAAAUUCCUCCACGAUGAAAAUGGAGAGUAUUUUCCUACAAUCGUGUCGAAUGUCAGGUUAUUCAUAUCAUCCAUUCUACCGUCUUACAUGGUCCCUUCAACGUGGAUUACGGUUAAAUCCUUCCCACUGUCGACAAAUGGUAAAUUGGACCGUUCUUCCAUUAUGUCCCACAUAAACAGCCUGCCCAGUAGCUACCUGAACGAAACAAUGGACUCUGAUACCAAGGGUGACAGUCUCCCAAGGAAUGAUACUGAGGAUAUCAUAAGAACCAUCAUUAGUUCAGUACUGAAUACCGGGCCAGCCAAUAUUUUGAUGGGCCGGGGUUUUCUGGCCCAAGGUGGAGAUUCCAUCACUGCGAUGCAAGUCUCUUCUCGCUGCCGAGCUCAAGGCAUUCUUGUUCCAGUCAAGGUAGUGUUAAAAAGCAAAACCAUACGCCAGAUUGCAGCCGAAGCAGUCGUCAGGCAAGAUACACCAGGUGUCAUUGACUUCCAGGAACCGGUAUCAUUAUUCCCAUUUUCACUUUUGCCGGGAAUGAAUGAAUCAGCCCUUGAUGAUAUAGCUAAGAAAGCGAGUUAUCGAGGUUUGGUAGAUAUAGAGGAUGCUUAUCCUUGCUCUCCAAUGCAAGAAGGUAUCCUCAUCAGCCAAGCCCAAGCGCCAGAAACUUAUAAGUUCUACGUUGUAUGCGAAGUUUAUUGUUCUUCUCCUACCUCUCGUGUUAGUAUUGGAAACCUACAAGUAGCGUGGACACGCGUUGUUGCAAGGCAUUCGUCUUUGCGGACUUUCUUCGUGGAGGGUCUCUCACGAGAAUAUUUAUAUACGCAAGUCGUUCUAAAGAAGCAUACUCCACGGAUAGAGAUUGUUGGGGACUUCGAUAGUUUAUCUCGGCAACCCCAUAAUAAACCCCUGGACCAUAAUGAGCUUAUUCCUUCACACCGUAUGACCAUCUGCGAGGAUAAGGAGAAGAUAUACUUCAAUCUGGAAAUCAACCAUACUCUGAUUGAUGGCACAUCGAUGGGAAUAAUACUCCGAGAUUUGAGAGCUGCCUAUUCCCAUGGAUUGCAGCCGGGGCUUCUGUACCGGGACUACGUAGCCCUCUCCUUGAACCAUCCAAAAGAGACAACAUUACUUUUCUGGUCUAAAUACCUCGAAGGUACUAAACCAACCUUUUUUCCACGGCUCCAUGACGGUGACUCGAGAAUGAAGGAACUGCGAACCGUCAACAUUCCAGUCUCAGGGUCUACCAUGAUCGACCUCCAAGCAUUUUCCAGAGAAAAUGGUAUAACAAUGGCGAACAUUUUUCAAACUGUCUGGGCCAUCCUCCUCCGUGUAUAUACGGGAGAGUCUGACGUUGUCUUUGGAUACCUGUCUUCAGGUCGUGAAAUCGAUGGUCUAGACAUGGAAAAUGCAGUAGGCGCAUUUAUCACAAUGUUAGCCUGCCGUGUCAAUGCAGACGACUCAUCCACCCUACUUUCCUUGGCACAGAAUAUAAACGAAGAUUUUGUUAACUCUCUGCCAUAUCAGCGUACGUCGCUUGCCGAAAUGCAACAUGCUCUCGGGUUGGCCAGUGAACGCCUAUUUAAUACCAUACUGUCGUUACAGAGGCCCAUGGUGCAGCAGAACUCAACUGGACAUAUUGAGAUUCAAUGUCUUGGUGGAAGCGACCCAACCGAGUAUGAUCUGGCUGUGAGCAUCACUGCGGAUGAUUCAGCUAUCGACAUUGAUAUUAGCUACUGGAGUACUAUUAUGUCGGAAAAGCAAGCAGAGUUGCUAACCUCCACCUUCACCACAAUCCUUUCCGCCUUUCUGAAAUACCCAACAACGAAGCUGCAUUGUGUGGAUGCCCUGGGGAAUAAACAAACCGAAUACUUGUUUUCCAUCAACGGAAACGGUGCUGUUCCAUAUUCGGUCCAUGAUUGUAUUCAUAGCCGCUUUAGCAGCCAGGUGGCUCUAUACCCCAAAUCACCAGCUGUUUGUUCAGCGGAUAUGUCUCUUUCCUACAUUCAAGUAGAAGAAUUAUCUUCAAAGCUUGCUGCGCUCCUUAUUUCCCUGGACGUUUGUCCCGAAAGAGUGGUGGCUCUUUGCUUCGAUAAAACCCCCUGGGCGAUAGUAUCGAUGCUGGCGGUUCUUAAAGCUGGCGGUGCAUACACUUCUAUAAGCCCAGCACAUCCAGCUCGGCAUAUAGACAAUAUCAUCCAUCAAACUAAAUCCCGUAUCGUUCUUACCGGAUCAGAAAGCUACGGCAAUAAAAUACGGCAUAUGGUUGACUAUGUUAUUCUGGUGGACCCUUCUCUCCUCUUCAACCUACCAGUGGCCAAACCAGGUGUUAUAUCGCUUGCAUCUCCGGACAAUGUAGCCAUGGUUAAUUUUACUUCUGGCAGUACUGGAAAACCUAAGGGAAUUAUGGUUCUACAUAAGGGGGUAUGUUCUUUAAUCGACCACAACGCGGAUUUGGGCAUUAAUAAUGAAUCCCCAGUCCUACAAUUCUCCGCAUUUACAUUCGAUACCAGCAAUGCUGAAAUUUUUCUUACGCUCUGCACUGGAGGUUGUGUCUGUUUGCCUUCCGACUAUGAUCGACUUAAUGAUCUUGCUGGCGCUAUCAAUCGUCUUGGGGUCACUCAUGCCUUUUUGACACCCUCAGUGGCUGGAUUCCUAUCACCUGAAGCAAUGCCAUCUUUACAGAUGUUAGCAUUGGUGGGUGAGGCCGUUACAAGUGACCUUGUUCAACUAUGGCAAAAGCCAGUACGCUUGAUAAACAGCUAUGGGCCUGCAGAGUGCACUAUCAUGUCAUCUUUUUCAGUCUUGCAUGAAGGACUCCAUCCCUCAAACAUAGGGAAAGCCCGUGGCUGUAUAUUUUGGGUUACAAACCCGAUGAAUAGUCAAUACCUGGUCCCUGCAGGUUGCGUUGGGGAAUUACUUGUGGAAGGCCCUAUUGUCAGCAAGGGGUAUAUCAGUCCUGAGCUUACCCUUGAAGUAUUCAUCGAUCCUCCGAAAUGGAGGGGGGUUGUUGCCAAUGGAUCACGGUUUUACAAAACCGGGGACCUCGCCAGACAAAUGCCAGAUGGGAGUCUAGUAUACGUAGGGCGAAAAGACUCCCAAAUCAAACUUAACGGGCAACGAGUUGAAAUGGCCGAGAUUGAGAAGGAAAUUAGCAGUUACUCUUCAGUGCAGCAUUCAGUUGUUCUAUUUCCUAAUUAUGGGCCUUGCUCAAAAAAACUGGUCGUUGUUAUCGGCUUCAAGGAUAUCUCACACACCCAACCUCAGUCGUCAGAAAUGAUAAUGUUGAAUGACGAUGAAUCUGCAAACCAAGCCGAUGCCAUUCGUGAUCGCAUGACAACCUUGUUACCAAGCUACAUGGUUCCAACUGUCUGGAUUGUGUGCUCAAACCUUCCCUUGACAAUUUCGCGGAAAAUUGAUCGUCGGAAAAUAUCACAAUGGGUGGAAAGUCUUAAUGAUGCCUUCACCGAACGUGUGGCUGAGGAGAAAAACGAUGUCAUGGGGAAUGCUUCUUCGCCAAGUUCUACAAUUUUGCAGCGACUACAGGAAAUUAUUUCUCGGGUGCUGAACAUAUCUAAUAGUCGUGUUCUCUCAAAUCGUUCAUUCUUGAACAUUGGUGGUGAUUCUAUCACUGCAAUGCAGCUGGUUGUUAUGUGCCGCAAUGAAGGCCUCAAAAUUUCAUUCAAAGACGUCAUGCGCAGCUCGACAAUUAGCAAAAUGGUGCACUCCGUGGAAAUUAUCAACCAUCCUUCACUGCACGAAGAAGAACUGUUAGAAGUCUCUUUUGGUUUGAGCCCAAUCCAGCAACUAUAUUUCGAAGAAAUCUCACAAGGUGCUACGGAAAUAUCAGCAAAUCAAUUCAACCAGAGUUUCCUUCUAAGGCUCGUACGUCACGUUCCCGUAGAAACUUUGAAGGGCGGAAUUGAAGUGAUUGUGGAGCGUCAUUCAAUGCUGCGUGCACGGUUCCGAAAGUCUUCAGAUGGCCGAUGGACGCAGGUUAUUACAAGACCAGGGAAGACAGUGUAUCGUUUCCGAGAGCACACAGUUUCAGCACGAGAAGAGGCUCUUAGCCUUGCAACUGCAGCUCAGAGGCAGCUGGACAUACAAGCUGGCCCAGUAUUUGCCGUUGAAUAUUUCAAUAUCGCUGGAGAAGACCCUCUUAUCUUUUUCGUUGCUCACCACCUCGUUAUCGAUCUUGUAUCAUGGCGCAUUAUUUUCCAAGAACUUGAAGAUCACGCCCUUGGGGACACCUCUAUUCCGCGAAACGAGCCAUUUUCUUUCCAAAAAUGGCAAAAACUACAGGCUGAUUAUGCUAGUAAACACUUAACGGCGAAGCCAUCAAUCAACUACUUUGUUCCAAGGGCGAAUUAUGAAUAUUGGGGGAUGGAUGGAGUAGAAAACAUCCAGGGAGACACAAUCCAACUAGCUGCAUCGUUGAACGCCGAGGAGACCCAGCUUCUAGUGAAUAGCUGUCAUCAAGCUAUGAGGACUGAGCCGCUAGAUGUCUUCAUCACUGCUAUAUUAGUAUCCUUUAUCAAAACUUUUGAUCGUGAGCCGCCAGCUAUUUUCAACGAAGGCCAUGGUCGCCAACCAUGGACUUCGGAUAUUGACCUGUCAGACUCUGUGGGCUGGUUUACCACGAUCUUCCCACUUAGCAUACCGAUAGGGCCGAGUGAUACGCUGUCUGACAUAGUGAGACGUGUAAAGGAUCAAAGAAAAGAACUCCCAGCUAACGGCUGGUCUUACUUUACCUCGAAAUACCUGAAUCCCGACGGCGCGAAGCGCUUCAGAGACCAUAUGCCGGUAGAAAUAUUAUUCAAUUACCUUGGACUAUACCAAGGCCUUGAACGAGAAGAUGGGAUAUUUCAGCUUCAACCUUUCAACGACGGCGAUGUUGGGAAAUGUGUCAAGAGAUAUUCUCUAUUCGAUAUUAAUGCGUACAUUGUGAACGGACGUGCCAAUUUUACAUUCUCGUUCAAUCGAAAAAUGAAACAUACGGAGCUCAUUGCGGAAUGGCUCAAAAAUUUCACGCAGAGCCUGAAGACUAUACCACAGGAGUUGGUAUCCACAGACUUUACCCUCACGCGAAGUGAUUACCCAUUGCUUCAGAUAUCUUCUUAUUCGACGUUAGAUGCUCUCCUAACACAGAAGCUACCCCAACUAGGAUUUUCUAUAGCUGAUUUUGAGGAUAUAUAUUCAUGCUCUCCGCUCCAGGAGGGCAUGCUUCUUAGCCAAGCUCGAGAUUAA